AUGCACUUCUCUCCCCUCCUCUUCAGCCUCGGCGCUCUGGCAGCCACAUUUACGGCCAAUCCAGCACCCGCACUGCUUACAGAAGCACUGCCUGCACUGGAUGCAGGAACAGCCGAGCUAGGCCGCGACGCACUAUCCGGCAACCUGCCCAAAAACCUUGCCAAGAUUUGGAUCUUCAGCAACCUCAACUGCGAUCAAAACAACGGUCCUGCUUGGAACAUCUACGUACUUCCCGGCGAGGACAGAUGCAUUCCGUAUCAGAAUGUUGGAUCGAUCUUCGCGUGGUACGAGUCUGAUAUUGGACUUGUCGAACGGGACUCCAUCCCGGUACGCUGCUGCGCAAUCAGCGCACACGGUGUUCCGGAUCCUGUCCAUGCAGACGGCGCACUGUGUCCUGAGGAACUCCGAUGGCUUAUCGGAGGACUUCUUGCAGGUCACUAUGCAGCCAUGCUGCUCCUUGACCGGGCGUUCGUGCCAAACGAUCCUGUCUUUGCCGCUGUGAGCGACCGUGGCAGUGGCCAAGAGGGCCACGGCGGCGACGACAGAGAGGAUGAGACGCAUCUUUGGUGA